AGCACAUAAGAGACUCUUCAGGCGAGCGCGUGAAACAAUGAAUGGUUUCGCUUCGGUCCGGGUUCAAGUUUAGUCAAAUCAUUUGAGCUUCUUUUUUUACUUUAAUUUCUUAUUUAUUUGUUUUUGUUUGUUUGUUUUUUUUUAACUGUUGACCUUUGCCUGCUGGGCUUUUUAUCCGCUGUGUUUUUGCGGUGUUCGCUCAUCAUGAGGAGACUCACAGCAGCAGUCCUCCUGCUGUCGCUUCUAAAAGUGUCGCUGUGUAUUCAGGUGAUUGUUCCUCAGCAGGAGCGCAGCACAGCUCUGUUCGCCUCAGUGAUCCUCCGCUGCGACUUCUCCACCUCUGCAAACCUCCAAGAUGUUCUCGUCACCUGGAGGUUCAAGUCCUUCUGCAAGGACCCGGUCCUGGAGUACUACUCCACUGCAUACCAGUCUGCACUGCAGUUAGGACAGGAUCCAUCAAACGACUGUCCAGACCGUCAGCGGACAGUUCGAACUGUAGUCCAGAAGAGAGGAAGCAGCGAGCCGAUACUGGGAGCAGAAUACCGGGAACGCAGGAUUUCCAUCCAAAACAAGGCAGACCUGGUGAUCAAUGAGGUGAUGUGGUGGGACAACGGAGUCUACUUUUGUGCUGUUGAAGCUCCUGGAGACACGACCGGAGACAAUGACAAAGAAGUCAAACUCAUUGUCUACCAUUGGCUAACAGUGUUGUUCAUCAUCAUCGGCGCCCUCCUUCUCAUCAUGCUCUUCUGUAUCUGCUGCUGCCAGUGCUGCCCUCAGAGAUGCUGCUGCUACGUUCGCUGUCCCUGCUGCCCACAGCAGUGCUGCUGUCCUGAAAAAGCGGUGAUGCAGCAUCGUAUGAUGAAGGAGGCUCAGAGGGCCAUGGCUCCCUGGAUGGGAGGACAGCCGCUGUAUGCACCAAUGACCCACGCUUCCUCCCAGAUGAACCCACUGCUCUAUGCAGGAUCAGUUUCAGGGAAGAGCGUCCCUUUGAAGCCAAUGCCCCUCCCUCCUCCUCAGUCUUCAGCUUACAGCAUGCCCCCUCCCAGUGUCCACGGUAACCACACCCCCGCCAACACCAAUCACAUGCUUGAUUACCUGGAGAACCAGGUGAGAGGGAUGGACGUGAACAGUCCUCUGCUACAGUCCCAGCCACCUCCACCCCCUCACAUGCAGCAGAUGCCACCUCCUGUCCAGCACAUUCCCGUCAACGUCCCGUUCUCCCCCGGCCCUCCCAGCAUGAUCUCUGCCCUCGACGACGGCCCGAUGGAGCGUCGUGUCAUCACACUUCCACCAAUAAGGGAACAGCAGCCGGGCAGAAUUCCACCUCCGGCACCCAAGACUCGCCCGCCGAGCUCCAGCGAGAGCAGCCGCAGUGGCUUUGGCCGCCAUGAUGAGAGAGGAGGCUCAUCGGGGAGGCGUUACCCCUCACCUCCCAGAUCCAGAGGGCUCCCCCGGAGCUACAGCGAGGAGUCGCUGGACGGGAGGGGUCGCAGCAGGGCACGAGGAAGUGCAGACCGCCCUCGUUCCCGCUCCAGGGAUGACUUGUUCGACAGCAGGUCCAGAGGAAACCAGUCGAGAAGAGGAUCCUGGAGCUCGGAUGAUGAGGGCAGCAGCAGGAGAGGAGGAGGAGGAGGGAGGAGAGGAGGUGGAGGCUGGGUUGACAAACCUCCCAGCUACUCAGAGUACGAGCCUGGACAGAAACCAGGAACACGGAGGAAUGAACGCUACUCUGACCGGAGUUCUCGCGGUGGCACCAGCGUCGUCAUCUGAACCCUCCACCUGCACUGUGACCUCUGUUUCAGAGAACAUGCACAACUUACUAGCCUUGUUGUCUGGCUACUGGUAAACCUAUAAGGGCUGCCAUUUUUAAAUAUUAACAUGAAUAAUGCACCAGCUUUUUUACUACGUUUUCACAAGUGAAAAGCUCACAGAAGGAUUCACAAAAUGUGAGAUUAAGAGAUUCAGAAAUUUGGAAUAAUUAUACCUCUCAAAGUUUGCAGUUGGUAAAGCAAAAAACACAUAUAAAAGAGACUAUAGUUUUUUUUGUUUUUUUUUGAAGGUGUUGUUUUAAGAAAACCACAAGUCUUUACUAUGAGCACUGAGCAAACUGUAGUUCAGAACUCUGCAUAAUACUAACACUGACAAACCACUAGAGGGAAGUGUUAUCCUAAAAGUCUCCAGUUACAUUACUUUUAUGUGGUUUUAGGCGGGAUGUUUGUCCUUGUGAAGCUCUAUUUAUUUGGUAGCAGCAGUUAAGUCUUGUGAUGUUGAUAACGUGAUAAAGCCAUCAAACAAUAACCAUGAAGAAUUAACUCUCAGGACCAGUAAAUAACUUACAGUUGUUGUUACAUUAAAUCAUUAUAUAUGAAAAGACCCACGUGAAUGCUGCAAUUAGAUUUUAGCUUUUUAUCACUUUUGUAGAUAUGUUGCUAUUUUUCACAUCUCCUGUACAUCUUGAAGUGAUUAUGCUGGAUUAGGUUUUUAUAAUGUUUUGAAGGAAAGUGUGUACUGUGAUCCACUGUUUAGAAAAAGCUAUAAACCUUGAAGAUGAAUUAUGCAUUUGCACAUAGUGUUUAUCAAUAGCUGUAAAUACUAUGUGUAAAUGAGUCAUUUACAUGGUGUUGAUGUAGGAAAUAAAAUGAUAUAAAGAAUGUUACAGGCAAAAAUGUAGUUUAUAUAUAUAUCUCUCUCUCUCUCUCUCUCUAUAU